AUGGGUUUAUCUUCAUCGUCUCAUACGAGUGAGCAAAAGAGCAAAAUAAAAUCUUGACAGAAUAUAUCCCAUAAACGUAAUUACACUGAAAGCGAUGCAGUUUAUGAUAAAAAUGACAUUUUGAGUUCUUUUGACUCAGAUUUUUCAAUGAAUAGCCCAAGACUUCAGUCAAAAUUAUUAAUGAUGAAUUUGAAAUAUAUAAGAAAUAGAAUAAUUUCACAGAAGGAAUUAUCAAAAAUAUGUAAAUGAGACUAUUUAUUUCCAAAAACAAUCGAAGCUAAAGUAGCAGCAACAAUAUUUUAUUGAGGAGAAUAUACAGAGAAAUAUGUCGAUGGGGUUUUGGUCGAAAAAAACAUUUAUAGUUUUAUUAUAUUGUCCAUAUGCCUAUAUAGAUUUCUUUAACGAGUAAAAUAUAAUUUGACAGUUGAACGACGAAUAUCAAAACACAACUCGAUUAAUAAAUUUUUAAUUAUUAAUUCUAUUUAAAUUUUCUAAUGCACACCAUAUAGCCAUUAAAAACCUCAUAAAGAACAAUCAGUGUUCAAUUUUAUGUGAAUAUGAAAUAAUUAAAAUAUUUGCAUCGUUUUCAAAAGAACCUUUGUAUAAUGAUUAUGCAGACGGAAUUUAAUAUGAUUUAGUUGAUUGAACCUAAAUUUUAUAGAAAACAGGGAAUAUUAGUUAAUAUGCUUAUCAGUUUCAGUCCAAAAGGGUAUCUUAAAUUAAAAAAAAUUAAUAUUUACAAUAAAGAUAUUUUGAAAAUUGACUAGUUUAAUUGUCAAAAAAUUUUUGACAUGCCAUUUUUUAACCCUUCCUGCUAUAGCGAUAGAGUCUGUUUUGGCCAUUAGGCUUUCUAUUAUAUCUUGCUCGAUAAAGAAAUCUAUAUAGUGCUAUGGGCUAUAAAUCUAAUACAAGAUGGAGAUGAUGCAGAAAAAUGAUGGGGUGUAAAAGCAUUAAAUCAACUUUCUGAUAUAGAAAAUCUCCAAGAAGAAAUAAGAAAAAUGAUUUCACCUGAAAAUUUAAUUAGAAUUUUACCCUCUUUGUCUCAAGACUCAAGAUGUGAAAUAGGAAAAAUCCUAACUCCCCCUCUUCCGUGAGCGAACAACAAAACUUGUUAGCAGGGGGGUUAAUUUUUUAUUUUAAAAAAAUCUUUAUAGAAAUUUGUUUUUUCAAAAUUAAUUUAAUUUGUAAAAUUUAUGUUUUAAAUGCAAUUUGUUUAAAAUUACACAGAAUUAGUUGGGAUUUCAUUAUAUUAAUUAUCACUUAUAUAUCAACAUUUUUCAUAAAAAAAAUUUUGUUCACUCAUGGAGGGUGGGUUCUUGGGCAAAAAAUAGGUAUUUUUCUAAUGGUUUUUCACUCAUGGAGGGAGGGAGUAAGAAUUUUAUAUUUUGAAGGCCUUAUUUUUUAUGGUACUCAUUUGCAACCCAUUUCAAGGAAAAUAUUGCUAAACCACAUCAAUGAUUUUGAUAUUCUUACUCAAAAUUGUAUAAAGAAAUACAAAUAA